ACUCUAAAAUAAUAUGUAAAAUCUUAUAGAGAAGAAGGGAGUAUUUCAUCAUCUUUAAAUUGUCAAAUAGAUCCCAGUUACUGAAAUACAGUGGAUUAAAACAUGCUGUUACCCUACUAUAGGAACUGAAAUUCAUGGUUUACAUGCUGACUGACACAGUAAUAUGUUGCAUUUUCUUUAGCAGUGUUAUACUUCCAGCCUAUCAUGUUGGAGGAUUUUUCCUAAUGGAAGCAUUUUAGGUUGUGAAGAUGAUGCUGGUGGGAAUUCAGAAAUACUUACAAAGAACGUUUGCAAAGAACGAUCUGAGUUUGACUGCUGAAUUUGUAAGCCUUUAGAAGGUAGGAUAUCUGUUUGACAACCCUGAUAUGAGGGCCUUAGAAAACAGCCUCAUCCUUGGGAUAUUAGCCUGUGCUUUCUAUCUGCCUUUGAUAGUUUCCUAUGAAAAAGUUACUAUCCCAGCAGAGCUGAAGUCAGUUGUAGCUAAAGUCUUGGUCAACACCACAUCCUGCAGUGUGACCUGUGGGCUGGGCUUCAAAAUGGAGGAGAUGUGUGAGAUCACUCCCGCCGGAGAGAGGAGGAAUUGUACCUUACGCAGGUCGGACUGCCUGACCAGCUGGAUUUGUGGCUUACUCCACUUCACAGUCCCUGUGGGCAAGCCAUUUGAGAUCAGCUGCCUGACCUCAGAUGUGACUGGCAUUGAUAGCCAAGCCUAUAUUUAUACAUGGAGGCUUGCCCAAGGCCUUAUCACGACAAACGAUGUUCUGUUCAGACCUUUCAAAAACCCUGAUUCUGUCAUCAGACUUUCCCCUGCCAGGGAAUCUGAUGCAGGGACUUACCGAUGUGAUGUGCAGAUGAUGAAGACAUUCAAAGUCAUCAAGAGGAUCUACUUUGGGGUCAGAGUGAUCCAAAAGGACUUGGUGGAUCUGAACUUUCAAAAAUCCUUGACUUUGGAGCAGAAAAUAGCAGAAAAUGAAGAGGAAGGAAACAAACAAAACAUCACCCACAUAGAAAUGCGACAGCAGCAGAGCUUUUGGCAGAGUAAAUUAUUGAAUGAACCCUUAAUAGGAGUUGGAAGUGGGGUAAUAGGAGGCGUCCUGGUGAGCAUAAGUCUCUACUUUUUACGGAAGAUUUGGAGAAGCAAAGCUUCAGGGAAAUGAAUUGAGUUUUACUGCAGUUUCUUGGCCCUAUCUUGCUUAUAGUAACAUAUAUAAAAAUAUUAGAACUGAUGCAGUUUCAUGGUGAUGUUGGUAACUUUUUUUUUCUGGCUGACAUACUUUAUUUCAUCUGU